AUCUUGUAAGUUGUAAAGAGACAAAAUCUUUGCGGCGAUACCCGCAAAGGACCCCGAGAUGGAAGAAGCAGAAGCAGAGGUGACAUGGAAGAGAGAAACAAUCCCAAAGGUGCUCAAAAUCGUGAGCACGAGACUGCCCCAGAGAGACCUUAUCUCUCUUCUUCUAGUCAGCCCAUGGCUUCAUCGUACCCUGGUCUCCCACCCCUCUCUAUGGCUGGUUCUUGAUUUUAGUCAGAUGGGUAAUGCUGGAAAUCGCCUAGUAGCUGCGCUUUCACUGCCUAGAUAUCAUCAUGUGAAGUAUAUAAACCUUGAAUUUGCACAUGAUAUUGAGGACAAACAUCUUGAACUCCUUAAAAGCAAGUGUUUGGAUUCUCUUCAAAACCUGGAGUCUUUGAAUCUGAAUGGCUGCCAAAAGAUUUCUGAUAAGGGAAUUGAAGCUAUAACCAGUGUGUGUCCUAUACUGAAAGUCUUCUCCAUCUAUUGGAAUGUGAGGAUUACAGAUAUGAGUAUAGAGCAUCUGGUGAAGAACUGCAAACAUGUAACUGAUUUGAACUUAAGUGGUUGUAAGAAAAUUUCAGACAAAAGUUUGCAAUUGGUUGCUGAGAAUUAUCCGAAAUUAGAGUUUUUGAAUCUGACUAGGUGCAUCAACUUAACAGAUCGUGGAUUACAGCAAAUACUGUUCAAAUGCUCCUUCCUUCAGAGUCUAAAUAUCUAUGCACUUUCUAGCUUCACAGAUGAAGCUUACCGAAGAAUGUCUCUUCUGACAUAUCUUAAGUUCUUAGACCUAUGUGGUGCCCAGAAUCUGUCAGAUGAUGGACUUUCCUGUAUAGCUGAAUGUGUGAACCUUGUAUCUCUUAAUUUGACAUGGUGCGUUCAGGUCACUGAUGAGGGGGUCAUAGCCAUUGCACAAGGUUGCACCUCUCUUGAAUUUCUUAGCUUGUUUGGAAUAGUUGGGGUGACCGAUAAGUGUCUGGAGGCCCUGUCAAGUUCCUGCUCAAACACAAUCACAACCCUUGAUGUGAAUGGAUGUAUUGGCAUUAAGAGACGGAGCCGUGAUGAAUUGCUUCAUUUAUUCCCACAUAUAAAGUGCUUCAAAGUGCACAGCUAAUAUGUGGUGUGGAAAUUUGCAAAUAUCAGGAUCAUCACCUUGCAACAAGCUAUUGGACCUGCUUAGCUACAAAAUUUGCUUGAAGUAAAUUAGCAAACAAACAGAUAAAGGAUGAGGACAACAAGUAUCCAUAACUUCUGUAUUUGUGCUAUAUUUGGAAUUCUUUUGAAUUUUUAUGCUUAUUCUUAGUUGUUGACUUCGUUUCAUAACCAAUCAAAUUUUUGAGAGAGUAGGAAAUAGAUGGUUUUGAUGGUAAGUAGUUUCCUGAAGGCCCAUAUAAUUAUGGCAUCCUAAACAAUGGUUGUAAUAUGAACUGAAUAAAAACUAAAUGUUACACGUGUUCUGAUUCCCUUUUUUGGGGAGGGGGAAAUAAUGUAUUCUGGUACAUUUGGAAGAAAAUAGUGAAUUUCAGGCUCUAGAUUUUGAAAGGAUUA